AUGAGCCUAAAGAACAAAGAGAUCGUCACUGGCGCUUACCAACGAAUCUUUGGUGAUUUGGAUGCCUCGGCAGUGGACGACUACAUGAGCGAUGAUUUCGUUCAACACAACCCAACAAUUGCCGAUGGCCCUGCGGGAGUAAAAGAGCUUUUACAAAAGCUCGUCUCGCAGGGAGUCAAGAAACAAAAGAUCGAGUUCAAGCAUGUGGUCGCGGAGGGCGAUACUGUCGUUCUCCAUACACGCUACGAAAUGGCAGGGCACGAGUGGAGAUUUAUCGACAUCUACCGCCUCGAGAACGACAAAUUGGUCGAGCACUGGGAUGCAAUGAUCCAAUGGCCUGACACGCGCGCAAACAACAAUCCGAUGUUCUAG